AUGGCAGAAAAGAGUGUGAAGUCUUCUAGGGGUUCGACGUAUUCUCCUUCUAUUUCCAGUCAAGUCAAAGGCGAGCGGACCUCUCUCUUAUCCCCAAGACUAAAGAAGAAGAGGAGACACUGCUACACUUGUAAGUGGCUCAUAAAAUCAAAAGGCACGCUACUCGUGUUGGUAUGGCUCGCCUUGAUCCAGUCUUUCGACCCGGUGGUAGCCAUAUCUCAAGCUGGCCUCGGGGAUUCUAGUCUAGAUACAGUCUUUCUAAUAUAUACUUGCUGCUCUUUCCUCUUUUAUCUCUUCUUCCCAGUCAUUGGGCUUUAUGCUGAUAUCAAAUUUGGCCACUUGCGUGUUGGCCAGCUAUUAGUCCUCAUAUGCCUCGCUGCCACCUUUCUAAUUGGACUUGGCUCAGGACUAGCCGAAAAUGGGACAGAGUUGUAUGACAUCAUACCAUUUAGCAUUGGUUUUAUAGUGGGCAACCUUUCUCAGACAGCGUUUAUCAUCGUCAUGGCUAGUUACGGGUUUGAGCAGCUUUUAGGCGCAUCAAGUGAGGAACUCGCUGCUUAUGCACACUGGUAUUACUGGUGCCGUAUAUUUGGCUGGUUUCUAACUGUUCCCGUGAUAUGCUCCGUCAAUAUUAAAUACGGUGCCUUAGUUGUGUACAGCUUACACAUAAUAACUCUACUGAUUGUCCUGAUUUUGUCUUUCUUCUCUAAAAAGUUGGGAGUCUUGGAAAUGCAUUCAAAUCUUAAUCCAGUCAAACAGAUGAUUAAAGUAUUCAGUUAUGCCAAAAAAUACAAGUAUCCUAAAAACCGCAGUGCUCUCACUUACUGGGAAGAGAAUUCACCAUCGAGACUGGACUUGGGAAAGGAGAAAUACGGCGGCCCUUUCACAGAGGAUGAGGUAGAGGAUGUAAAGACGUUUCUAAAGAUGUUGCCUCUUGUUGUUUGUAUGACUUUCUUUGUCAUUGUUAUGGAUCAGUUCAAUCCGUACUUCUUCAUGGCCGAGGUUGAACACAACGACAUGACAUUCGAAGAUUGUCUAUUCUCUUCGGUUUAUUUCAUAAAUAAUGGAGUCACGCUACUAGUGAUGUUUCUAUAUCAAAUAUUCAAGCCGAGCUUUGACUGUUUAUUACCCACCAUGCUGAGACGAAUUGGCCUAGGUAUAUUCCUAAUCCUUGUCACGGAAUCCAUUUGGUUGGGAAUAGACAUGGCCGGUCACUUCAAGUCCGAUAACAUUAAUAGCACUUGUUUGUUUAACGUACCACAAUUCGACUUCUACAGUACCAGUGUCCACGUCCAUUGGGACGUUAGUAGGUUGUGGAUAUUGUUGCCUAAAGUAGUCAUGGGUAUUGCUUUCGCUAUAGCUAUACCAACCAGUCUCGAGUUUGUAUUUGCUCAAGCUCCUCAUUCCAUGAAAGGUCUUGUUAUUGGUGUUUGGUUCAUGUCAACCGGCUCACUCAAAAUGAUCGGAUUCAACAUGCACUAUCCUUUCAAGCUCCUUGAGCAUGUGAAGCCAAACUGCUCGUUCUAUUACUACCUCACUAAAACUGUAUUAGUUGCCCUAUCUCUUAUCCUUUUCAUUGCACUGGCAAAGUGGUAUAGACCGAGACAGAGAGAAUUGGUGUAUAACUCGCAUGCUACCGUUGAGGAUUUUUAUGAAAAGGAAUUCGAAAGGAGGAAGGAGUACCAAUAUGAAGAGAGAAGGAGGAGGAUGAAUGGAAUAAUAGAAAGAGAUGUAGCUACCCUUGACAUUAAUGAGUAUCUAAGCACACUUUAUUGA